AGACACCAUAUAAUAAAGUUUCCAACUUUCUUUCUUGUUAUAAAGCAAAGAUGAUUGGCCAUUAGCGUCAGUAGCAACAAAAAUCAUUUAGUUUAGUGUAUGCAUCAAUCAUCAUCAUCGUUGAAACUUGAUUAUUGAUCCAAAUGAGUCCAACACAAGACCAAAUUGAUCAUCAACUUCACACUGAUGAUGAACAAGAAUCAGAAUCAGAAGAAGAACCAUCACCAAACACACAGAAAUGGAAAAAGCACUACUCAUCAAAGCACAAAAUACUCUUUGUUGGAGAGGGUGACUUCUCUUUCUCUCUCUGUUUAGCCAGAGCUUUUGGUUCUGCUCACAACCUCGUUGCAACUUCCCUUGAUUCUCAGGAGAAAAUUGAAAAGAAGUAUAGUAAUGGAGUUAGUAAUGCGAGGGAACUUGAAGAGAGGGGUUGUAUUGUUCUUUAUGAUGUUGAUGUUAAGGUUAUGAGUCAGCAUUUCUUUCUCAAGACUCAGAGGUUUGAUCGUGUUGUUUAUAAUUUUCCUCAUGUUGGAUUCAUUUACCCUGAGAAUAGCUACUGCCAGAUUCAGUUGAACAAAAAGUUAAUGAAGGGAUUUAUGGCAAAUGCAAAGGCACUAUUAAAGAAAGAGGGAGGAGAGAUACAUGUAACUCACAAAGAAGGCGACCCAUACAACAAAUGGGAUCUUGUAAGGAAAGCAGAAAAGAGAGGACUUUUGCUGCACCAAGCUGUUCCAUUUUGCAAAGAUGACUAUCCUGGUUAUGACAACAAGAGAGCUCACGGGAAGUUAUCAGACUUAUCUUUCCCUAUUGGGGAAGCUAAUACUUACAAGUUCAAGCUACAAACAUCUCUAAUAGGGAAAAGUGUUCCAGAAAAGAAAAGCAAAAACUAAAAAUUAUUUGUGUGAGUAUCAACUAUCAAGUCAACUUGAAAUUGAUAAUUUGGAUCUGCCUGUGAAUAUGGCUGUGUUUAUCAAGUUUCAAGCUAAAAAUACAGUCAUUGUUAGCUUUUAGACUGAUAUUACAGUCAAUGUCUGAUUCCAUCUUUAUCUCUAUCUCAUAGUAUAUUCCUUCUA